CAACGAUUCCUCAUCUCCAUCAAAACAAAGUGCCAUAAUCCUGCUAGACUCGUGCUACUACAAGAGGGCGCGCAGAAAAUCGAUCCACGAGCCCAGCUAACGAUUUCAUUCCGGCAAACUCGUCAGCAGCGGGUUUCGUUUCGUUUUUUUGUUUCGUUUCACGGCGGCACUUUUGUCUACUUCUACCCCGCAGUUCGGACUUGGCACCUUGGAGAAUAUCAUAAGAGAGGCAAGCGAAAGGAGAAAAAAAGGAGAGAGGCAAUAUCUGGCAAUAACGUGUGAAAAAAGAAAAAAAAAAUAGAUUGGGCUUGAUCACAAUGGGAGACUUGCAAUCAGUGCAAAGCGAUCUGCCAGGCCUCCUCAACGCCACGCUUGACCAGCUCGUCGAGGGUCUAAAGAACAGUCACUUUACCAGCGUUCAGUUAACAAAGGCAUAUCUCGCACGCAUCGGGCAAGUAAACGAGACGGUCCACGCCGUCGUUGAAACCAAUCCCGAUGCACUCGCCAUCGCGAAAGCUCUCGACGAUGAGAGAGCGUCUGGUACGGUUCGAGGUCCUCUUCAUGGAAUCCCAGUCCUAGUGAAAAACAACAUUGCCACCAAAGACAAGAUGGACACGACAGCUGGUUCACAGCUUCUCAUCGGAGCCACAGUUCCCCGCGACGCCUUUGUUGCUCAGAAGCUCCGCGAUGCCGGCGCCAUCAUUCUCGGCAAAGCCAACAUGUCCCAAUGGGCAAACUUCCGCGCUCGCGACUUCAACAUCAACGGCUGGUCCGCCCACGGGGGCCAGACUCACGCCGCCUACCAUCCAAACCAGGAUGCCUCUGGAAGCUCCAGCGGCAGUGGCGUGGCGGCCGACCUGGGCCUUGCGUGGGCUGCGCUGGGCACCGAGACGGAUGGAUCCAUCAUCUGCCCGGCACAGCGCAGCGGCGUUGUAGGGCUGAAGCCCACGGUUGGUCUGACGUCGAGAGAUCUUGUCAUUCCCGUCUCGGAGCAUCAGGAUACGGUUGGGCCGAUGGCAAGGACGGUCAAAGACGCGGCCUAUCUGCUACAAGUCAUUGCCGGAAAGGAUGCUCACGACAAGUACACGGCUGGGAUACCACGCAUUCCAGACUAUGUGGCCGCGUGUAAGGACACUCUCGCAGGAGCCCGCAUAGGCGUUCCCUGGAAGGCCAUCAAUGAGGGCCUGGAGAAGAAUCCGCAUUACGCUUCAGAGGUGGAGGGCUUUAAACAGGCUCUUUCUAUUCUCGAAGCUGCUGGCGCGGUCCUCGUCGAGGCCGAUUACGCCUCAGCUACAAAGGACAUCCGGGACAUCGAAAUGCCACUCAUGGGAGCGGAUUUCCGCGUCAACCUGGCAUCAUACCUCUCUCAGCUCGCCACAAACCCAAACAACGUCCACACGCUUGAAGAUGUGCGCGAACAGACGCAGAAACACCCCCUGGAGUCAUACCCCGAGCGUGACACGGGCAUCUGGGACAACAUCCUAGACAAGCAAAAGUGGGACAAUACCGAUCCAGAGUUCAAGGAGAAAUACGACCGUCUCCAGGAACUCGGCGGGCCGGGCGGUCUACCGGCGCUGCUGGACCAGCACAGGCUCGUCGCCGUGGCCAUGCCGUCCAUCAUGGCGCCGAUGUGGGCCGCGGUGGUGGGAGCCCCUGGGAUCACCGUGCCGAUGGGACAUCUUGGGGAGACGGAGCCGGUGCACGAAUCGAACGGGCUGGUGGAGACGGGGCCGGGGAUUCCGUUUGGGAUGAGCUUUCUGGGGAGGAGGUGGGCGGAGGAGGAUCUGCUGGGGUUGGCGUAUGGGUUUGAGCAGAGGACGAGGGUGAGGGAGAGGGAGGUGAAGAGGAUAGUGGUGCCGACAGCUGAGAUUGAAGCGUGAAGCUUGAAAGAGAGAGAAGAAAAAGAAAAAGCAAUACUAGUGAAUUAGAUGAAAAAGCAUAAGUUUUAGAUGAAAAGCUAGAAGUCAUCGUCAGUCGUCAAGCUUUGUCAUGGCUUGAGAUUUCCCGUUUUGAAAAAAAGGUCCCCCCGCGAGAGCCGGAGAAGGAUGGAAGAAGUUCCAGAGCCAAUAAAAAUAGGGCGCUGCAACUAUCUUUUCGGACUAUUUGAAGUUCUUUUUCUAGAGGGUUUGUCUCAAGGUUCCAGGCCAGUCCAGAUGCAGC